UCUCUGCAACUUCCCAGCGCUGAGUCUCAUUUCUUCUUCUUCCUCCUCCUCCUCCUCCUCUUCCUCCUCCUCUGAACUGUCUACUGACAACACCAGCGGAUCUCACCAUCACCUCCCGCCAGGUUCUCGCUCUCCCGGAUGCACGAGGACUUCUUUCUUUCCCACCUGGAUUAUUUUCAAGCAGUUUUCUCUUUUUCUUCCAGAGGUGUCACCGCGCGUAUUAAUCUGUACAAGAUGGAAUCAGCACCUCUGGGGACCUCAUAAAGACAGACAGACGGGACAAGAGAUUUCAAACAGUGGCAGACUCCUCUGUGGCAGUGCAGGUGUCGUACGCGGCCUUGUUUCCCAUGGACCUCAGGGUGGGAGAGCGGGGGAUGCGCCCUGGUUCGGAUACAGCGAUUCUCACCCCGCUACACCCGCCUUUACUCCUCACCCCGUUCUCCCCUCAGCCACGCACCUCCUUCUCCCAACAGCAACUGCACCAGCAUAUCCGGUUUAAUAUGGAGCAGAGGAGGCGAGAACAGGAGAACAAUGAGAAACAACAGGAGUUGCAGCAACUAAAGCACAAAGACAAGAGUCAACAGAGUGCGGUGGCCAGUCCCGUGGUGAAACAGAAACUCCAGGAGGUCAUUCUCAAGAAGCAGAAACAGGCAGCGCUGGAAAGAACUAACUCCAACACUCCUGCUCCUGUAGCAUACAGAAAGCUGGGCCCGGACCCCGGUGCUUCCUCCCAGACUCUGGUCUCGUCUCCUCCACAGCCCUCUCCUGACUGCUCAGAAAGGACGCCGCUGCGCAGAGCAGCGUCUGAGCCCAAUCUGAAGGUGAAACACAAGCUGAAGAAACACCUCAACACCCGCAAGAGCCCACUCACCCGCAAAGAGAGCGCCCCGGCCACUGUCAAGCACCGAGUACCUGACACACUGGACUCCUCCCCCAGCAGCAGCAGCACUCCAGUCUCUGGCUGUAGUUCUCCCAAUGACAGUCUGCCCAAUGAGAAUGGUCUACUGCCAUCUGCAGGCGGCCUCUCGCAUGAGGCCCAGAGGCUGCUGCUAAGAGAUGGCACCAUAGCUAACUUCACCAUCCAGAGUCCCUCCACUCUGCCCACCAUCACACUGGGACUGCCAGCCAACGCCAGGGCCGAAGGAGAGCGGUCCUCUCUGAGAGUCGGCCGGGGGUCAGUGGUGACAGCCGGGGGCUUGCCGGUCUUCCUCUCUCUGAGCAGAGAGGACCAGGCUGGGCAGCUGAACCCUCAUCUGCCUCUCAUCAUCCUGGAACCCUCUGGACUGUUACACACUCCGCUACUCACUGUUCAAGGCCAGCUGCAGUUCGGCCCCCAGUUAGACCACCUCGCCCCAGGAGGAGCUCAUCCUCACAAGCCCCUGAGCAGAACACGCUCGGAGCCGCUGCCCCAGAGCCCGCGGUCCCUUCACACAUACCUCCUCCAGCAGCAGCACAACACACAACUACUAGAGAGGCUCAAACAGCAAACUCACCUGGGCAAGCUGAUGUCGAAGUCCAGCGAGAAGCCCAGGCUGCACCAGAUCCCCUCUGAGGACAUGGACUCUGAGGAAGGCGGCGGGACGUCGCCCACAGAGCUAACCUUCCAGAGCAUAGUGAGGGUGGAGUCACUGAGGGAGGCGGAGCCGACACCAUCUAAGAGCCAAGAAGAGCAACUUAACCUGCAACAUGCACUCAUACUCAACCAGUCGUUGUUAUGGGAGCAGCAGAAACAGCUGCAGCAGCUCCAUCGACAGAUGGAGACCCUGGCGGUGCCCAUGCUGCGGGGCGGCGGCGGCGGGGUUGGCAACGGGCUGGGAGUCCAUCAGCCCCUGUUACGUGCACAGUCCUCCCCAGCCUCCACCUCUCUCACUCUGCCUGAGAAACCCCUGAACCUGGCCGCGCAGGACGGCAGCAGCCAACCACGCUUUACCACUGGCCUGGUGUACGACUCUCAGAUGCUGCGGCACCAGUGUACGUGUGGAGACAACAGCAGUCACCCAGAGCAUGCUGGGAGGAUACAGAGCAUCUGGUCCAGACUGCAGGAGAGAGGCCUGAGGGGACAGUGCGAGACCAUUCAGGGUCGCAAAGCCACGAUGGAGGAGCUGCAGUCGGUCCACACGGAGCGCCACGUGUUGCUCUACGGCACCAACCCGCUCAACAGACUCAAACUGGAUAGCCGCAAGCUGGCCGGAAUCCUCUCUCAACGGAUGUUUGUGAUGUUACCAUGUGGGGGAGUAGGGGUGGACAACGACACCAUCUGGAACGAGUCGCACACUUCAACGGCGUCGCGCAUGGCGGCGGGCAGCGUUGUCGAGCUGGCCUGCAGAGUGGCCAAAGGAGAGCUGAAGAACGGCUUUGCUGUGGUCAGGCCGCCGGGGCAUCACGCAGACCCUUCUAAUCCAAUGGGUUUCUGUUACUUCAAUUCUGUGGCCAUAGCCGCCAGGAAGCUCCAACACAGGCUCAGCGUCAGCAAGAUCCUGAUUGUCGACUGGGAUAUUCACCACGGCAACGGCACCCAGGAAGUGUUCUACAGCGACCCCAGCGUGCUCUACAUCUCACUUCAUCGCUACGACGAUGGGAACUUCUUCCCGGGCAGCGGGUCGCCGACCGAGGUUGGUUCUGGAGCCGGCGAGGGCUUCAACGUGAACGUGGCGUGGACAGGAGGACUGGACCCGCCCAUGGGGGACGCCGAGUACCUCGCUGCAUUCAGGUCGGUGGUGAUGCCCAUCGCUCAGGAGUUCUCUCCGGACUUCGUGCUUGUGUCGGCCGGGUUCGACGCUGCCGAGGGCAACCCCGCUCCUCUGGGAGGCUACAAGGUCUCCGCCAAAUGUUUCAGCCACCUGACCUGCCAGCUGAAGUCUCUUGCAGGGGGUCGUGUGGUUUUGUCCCUGGAGGGAGGUCACGACCUUACAGCUAUCUGCGACGCAUCCGAGGCUUGUGUCAGUGCACUCCUGGACAUACAGGACCCCCUGCCAGAAGAAGUCCUCCUCCAGAAGCCCAACGCUAAUGCAGUCCGCUCCCUGCAGGCCGUCAUACAGAUACAAAGUCAGUACUGGCAGAGUGUGAAGGCCCACAGCGGAUCGGUGGGUCUGUCCUAUCUGGCGGCGCAGAGGAGAGACUGCGAGGAAGCCGACGCCGUCAGCGCUCUGGCCUUGCUCUCCGUGGGAGUCCUUUCCAACGAGAGCCUCCAGGACGAGCCGAUGGAGGACGACAGCAACUCCAUGUAACCGAAUCCGACCAAAUCGACAUUCCCCGGGAACUCGCGUUCAGGAUUCGGAAACCCCGCGAACACCCGGAGGCCUCGGAUUCUCCUGCAUUGUCACACGAUGGGGGGGGGGGGGGGGGGCGUGCUUGUAAUUCUACCGAGCCCCACCCAUCUGCCUUAUCCACACUCGCGCUCAUCCACCGACGACACACACACACAAUGCCGAGCCUCAGACCCGCAGCGCGAGCACCUUCGAUGCUGCCGACCCGCAGCUGGGAAAACCUUCCCAAAUCUCACCAAAGCGACACCAGAUGACUUUUAAUACCUUUGCAUGUUUCCCAAACUGACAUUGGGAUUUGUGUGUGUGUCCAGAGGUCCAGCAGCACAGCCCUUUGACCACAAACCGUAUAGGAACAGACAGACUACAGUCCAUAUCUCUUGACGCACGAUGUACCAGCAGACUUUUUUUUCUCCGUCGCCUUAACUUUGCCUUAACGUGAGGACCGACGGGUUUUCAGAACGAAGAGACGCCGCGUCAUAAAUCCCUCUCGCUUUAUGAAUGAACCCCUGUCAUCGGGUGACAGCGCAUACGCAGAGAGGAAGAAGUGGCCACAGCGUGCAGAGAGAAUACAGUAAAUAAGAAACAGAGAUUGUCUGCUUUAAUGAUGUCAUUACAUGCAGUUUAACCACUAAAAGAAGGCAACAAAGAACUGGAUGAAAAGAGAGGAGGAAAAAAAAAACGAAGACACAAAAAGGACAACUGUGGUUUUGUCGAAACAAAGAAAACGGCAAAUGUCCUUGUUGUUUUAUUGCACUGCUCAUUCCAUAAUGUGAACCAUAAGAAAUUCCAAAGCUCUGGGAUAUAAAGAAAAAAGAAAAACAACAGCUCCUCUCUGUAGGUUAUUUAAUAGUUUGUUUUCUUUUUGAAGAUUUGGAUGAAAUUGUGUCUGCUAUAACUUCCCCUGCUAUGACUCACUCUUAAGGACGAAAUACGAGUGGCAUCUCCUAUGAAGUUAAUCCAAAAAGUAGGCAAGAUUUUAUGAGCAGGAAGAUUCUUUCACUGCUGUUAGAUGCACACACACACACACACGUACAAAGCAAUGAUGAACUGUCGAUGUACCACUAGUAUUAAAUACUGUAUAUGAUUGUUUAUAUUUGAGACUAAAGGAGCGUUCAUUCCACUGUGGCACCACUGAGGACCAUUGUAUUGUUCUAGUAGCAAUAAUGUUAAUGCACUUAACGGACAUCACCCAAAGUAAUAAAACUGCCUUAAGACAGCCUGCACUUGGCUCCGGGACACAAGGGGCUACGAUGGAGAGCAAUCACAGUGACUCUACCUUAAGGGCAACGUUUGAACCUGUGGAUUUCGGUGAACAUCAUGUAUGCAGACUUUUUUCUUUCUUUUUCGAUGAUGAUGAUGAUGAUGAUGAGCCUGGUUUAAAUGUUUUCUUCAGCCAGUUUUUGGGGUUCCAGGCUUUAUCGCGGUCUAAUUGAGGAAACUAAUGCAUCGGGUUUCGCUUUGAGGUGAACUCCAGUCGUUUUAGUUUGUUGUGCAACUGCUUAAUACGAGCGGCUCUUCUUGUCGACGUGGUGGUGACGUCCGGGGGCUUUGCAUUCCAAAAGUGAAAAAGAAAACAUUAUAGUUUGGAGGUUUCUGUUGAAAUCCAUUUUUUUUUCUUCAGUCUUAAUAAGUCUUAAUAAGUAAAUUUGACAAAGUUGUUAUCGAGAGUUUGUUGUUAUAAGCUUCUAAAACUGCAUCCAGACACUAAAACUCGACGAUGAAACAUUCAUGUCUGACACCUGACUGGGAUUUGUGUACAACGCGUUGCCUUAGAGCUUCCGAUUGAGUUUUUACAUCCACGAGGGAAGCAGCGCAAUCGGAUUUCCAACUCUUGUGGGGGAAAGAUUGGGUUAAAGAAGAAAAAAAUAGAUUCAAAAAAAGAGCCUUGAUUUUCUGUGUAUAUGUAGCUUUUUGUAAAAAAAUCAAAAUUGAAGAUAGCACAGCAACGUAACGGGACUGGUUGAAGGGAGCGUUACCAGUGAGGCAUCUGGGUAGGAAACUGUAUCUGUGCUCCUUUUCUUUAGUCUGACUCUGGGCAUCGUCUGCCCAACAGAAGGCCGUGUAUAUUAACAAACAAAAAACGACAAUAGAGCUAUAAAUUCCGAUUUUUGCCUUUGCAGAAUUCCCACUGCUGUUGCACGACUGCCUCAUUCCAGUAGGAACUAUUAUGAAAACGUUGGAUUAGCGUUGCGUGAUGGGUGUAACGGAAAAGCGCGUCGUUCUUUCGCUGUUGUGUAAAUAGUGUUCCCAGGCGGUCAAAGUGACGGCAUUGAAACAAUAUGCUGUGUCUCUCUUACCCAGCAUGCCCGGCAGGUGCACAAGGCGCCAACGGUGUCAUGGAGGGCGUUUGUGUGUGUAUGAGUGAGAGAGCGUUGGCGACUGCAUUUGCACUAGUGCAUAUGUAAAAUGUGUUUUGUGCAUGCAUUUGCAAUUGUUAGCGCAUGUGUGUGUGUGUUUGUGUGUGUGCGUAUGUGUGUGUGUGUUGGUCCGUCACGUACUGUAAAUGACCUCCUGUAUUAUAUUCCCAGUGGCUGUUCUUUCGUCUUAUGGAGAGGCCAGUAUUGCCUCAACUCUUAAUUCCCUUCAUUCUUGAUGUCAUGUGGACCUUCUUAAAGAAAGACGCUGUAAAUAGAAACUCCAUGACCAAAGUACACAUGUCACACAUGUGCCUUGAUGCAUUCAGCAGUCGUAUCUGUCUGUAUUGGUAACUCUUAACUAACUGGACUUACAGUAACUGUGUAGUAUCUAUAAACGUGACAUUGAAAUCUUUUGUUUCAUGCUAUUCCUUAUCAUUUACCUGUAUGUUUUACUUUCCUUCACAUUUCCUACCACGUGUAUGUAUAGAAAGAUUGUCUAUCUUGUACUGUUGUUUUUGUUUUUUCCUCUUGAAUAAAACGAUCAUUUCCAGUAUAAA